GACCUUCUCAAGGAGUGGAAGGACAAGUGCACGAACGCCACCAACACUCCAUUUCCGAACGAGGAGCUGUGCAAGCAGAAGCUCUGCCAAUACCACGACAAGAAGAUCUCCUGCGACCUGACACAGGGUACCUUCGAACAAAAGUCGUGCGAUCUCCACAAGGAGUACACUUGCAGCAAGUAUUCCGACUGCUACGCUGGCAAGAAGGACAUUUAUGACAACGUCGUGUCCCUGGCCAAGGAGAACGAG